AUGAACGCACCAUCCAGCGACGACCCGGCGCCCAUCUACGACAGCGUAGAUAUCGAUAUGGUUGUCAAAGUUCUGUCGCAGACUGCUUUCAGUCCUUUCUUUACGUGUUUCAUACCCAUAUUCUACGCAUUUCAAGGUUACGAGUUCACGAAUCCAGUUGUGAUCGCUCCAUCCAUAUACUGUGCAGCUGUUUCUGCUUUCUGCAGGGCUCUUGAAAUGGAUCUCACAGCUGUACCGCAAUCAAGAUUCGUAGUCGUCACUGGAGUGACCGAAAACUAUAAUAUCGCCUAUUACCCAUGCGACGUUUCGAAGUGGGAGGAAGUUGAGGCCGUUUCGAAGAAGAUCAUUGAUGAGAUCGGUCAACCCACUAUGCUCAUCAACAACGCUGGCGUUGCUCAAGGAAAACUCAUCAUCAAUCUCAAGCCAGAGGAUAUAUACCAGACAUUUGGUGUGAAUACCUUGGCCCAUUUCUGGACCUUGAAGGCAUUCUUACCGGGAAUGAUCAAAAAUAAGACUGGUCAUAUUGUGACGAUGUCAUCUAUCAUGGGCUUCGUUGGCAGCGUCCAGAUGACCGAUUAUAGCGCAUCAAAGGCCGCUCUGGUGACCAUGAAUGAGUCUCUGCGUUACGAGCUUGACAAGGUCUAUGAUGCGCCUGGGAUCCGUACUACCCUAGUCUGUCCAGGGCAUAUCCUAACGCCCCUGUUCUCUACCAUCCAGCUUCCAACCAAUCCGUUCUUCAAGUUCCUUGCACCAUCCAUCGCGCCAGUGACUGUAGUAAAAGCAAUCAUCACUGCACUUGACGCCCAACAGUCCCGAACUAUUUACCUGCCGUUUUACACGAAUAUGGCUCCGGUGUUGAGGAUGAUACCUAGUUACCUUAGGGAUAUUUCCCAAAAGUUUUCUGGAGCUGAUUAUUCGAUGAGGAAUUUCACUAAGGUAACAGCACGGAGGCCGGAUGAGGGAGACCUUCCCAUAGCUAAUGGUAAAUACUGA